AUGCCCACAGAGAAAAGAAUGGAAUAUGAAGCGUUAUAUGAGCAAAAACCAUUUCUUACAAGAACUGAAUUCUAUGAUUUAUGUCAAGAUUGGGCACAAAAACAAGGAGCUACUAUUAAGAAAAAAUAUCGUGAAUAUCGUUUGCAUGAAGAACGAUAUAUCAAGCAACGUGAUCAAGUUCUCAGAGAUCGAUUAGAUCAAGUAAAUGGUAGUAAUGCAGCAAAGAAUUACUUAUAUGAAUUACUUGAUUUGCAAAGUAAUAUGAGUAUAACUUUGAAAGUAUAUGAAACAAGAGAGGAAGAAAUGAGACAUUAUAUUUUAGCUACUGUAUUACAAGAAGCUACUAAAAUAUGGAAUUUAUUGGAUCCUGCACAUAUUGAUUAA